UGUCAUGUGUUUUAAAAAUAACCUCAAUACCUCUUUUUUGUUUUUAUUUAUAUUUUUAUAUUUUAACUUUUAACAAUCAAAGAUAAACAUCAUAUAUAAUGAAGAAAGUUAAAACAGUUAAUAAACCAAAGUUUACAAAUACACGCAAAGCUCUACGUAAAGAGAAGAGAAAACAAAAGAAGAUCAAUCGGCAAGAUCAUUAUUUAAGAAAGAAAACUGAUUCUAUUCAGUCGAAAAAAGUAGUAGGGAAGUUCGUAAAACGGCCAGCUGAUAGCCCAGUCUUAAAUGAUGAACCAAAAAAUAAAAAACCUAAAACAAAAGUGGAUACAAUCCAAGACAUCAUACUGAGACAGCUUAACAAAGAAAAGAAAGAAGCAAACAAACUAAAGUCUGAGAUGAAUGACCAGAGGAAGAAGAUAAUGAUCAAAGCCAAUGAGGAUGAGGAUAAAAUGAUUAAAAAGCUGGAAAAGCAAUUAAAAUUGAAUAAAUCAAAAAAUAAAAAUAACUAUUUUGCUGAUGAUGGGCUAGAUUAUUUACUGGAAAUUUGUGAUAGGGCGACUUCAGAACAGAUUGUAGCUGCGGAAAAACAUUUAGCUGAUGUAGACCAUGAUUCAGACUUUGAGGAAGACCUAGCUGUAGUUACUGGUAAAGAAAUACCUAAAAGGAAGAAUAAAAAAGAAAAAGAUAAAUCUGAAAACAUACAUUCAGAUGGUAGUGAUGAGGAUACUGACAUUGGAGAUGAUGUUUCUGAUAAUGAAGAUGAAGAUCAGUCAGGCAGUGAUGAAAGUUUCACAGAUAAUGAUGAAAAUGAAAUUAGUGAAGAUAAUAAUGAAAGUGACAACAGUGUACUAGAUAAUGACCUAGAGAGAAAAUCAAAACAUAAAUCAAUAGCAACUAAUAAGAAAUCAAGUAAAGAAAAUAUAGUCGCAAUAGCUAAAGACAGUGAAAGUGAAAGUGACAGUAAUAAAAGUGAUUCUAGUGAAGCAGAUGAGAAAUCUUUCAAGAACCUCAAUAAAAAGCAAUUAAGCAAAGAUCAAAAAAAAUCUAAACCACAAUCAAAGUCAAGUAAGGAAAGAAUUAUUUCUGAAGAUGAUGUUAGUAAAGUAUUUAGUGAUGAUGAAGUCUCAGACUUAUCAGGAGAUGAAGAUUUUUCUGGUGAUGAAAUUGGUAAUGAAAACAAUGAGAUAUCUGAAGUUGAAGAAAAUAAAAAACCAGAUGUAUGGGAAGAUAUUUAUGGGCGAAAAAGAGACAAAGAAGGAAAUAUUAUUAAGGAAGAAAAAGGAAUAUACAUUCCACCACAUUUAAGGAACAAAGACUCAGCAUCAGAUAAAGAACUAACACAGCUCAAACGUCAGAUUAAAAGUGUUCUCAACAAGCUAGCCGGCACCAACCUGCACUGGGCCUGCACUUCGCUGGAGAGUCUGUAUGCAGGCAGCAGUAGACACGCAGUGAGCUCCACGCUGACGCAGCUGUGGCUCGAGGCCACGGUCGGCGCGGCGCUCACUCCGGACAGGAUGCUCGCCGAGCACGCGGCGCUCGUGGCCCUGCUGCACGCUAAUGUUGGCGAGGAAAUAGGUGCCCAUUUUCUUGAAGAAUUGUGUCGAAAGUUUGACGCCAUGAUGCGAUCCCCACAACCUGUGGGCGAUAAGACGCUGGACAAUCUUGUGGCCUGUCUCGCGCUUUUAUACAGUUUCAAGAUCUACCACGCAUCACUACUCUACGACAUCCUGACACGUCUGGUAGAGGAACUGACAGAGAAGCAUAUCGACUGCGUGCUGGCGGCGCUGCGGAACGUGGGCGGCGUGCUGCGGAAGGAGGAGCCGGCCGCGCUCAAGGCGUUCAUACACGACACGCAGGCCAACAUUGCCAAGUUGAACCAGCCUGACAGCGGAUCGCGAAUAAAGUUCCUCCUGGAAGUUCUGCUGGCGGUGAAGAACAACAACCUGAACAAGAUCCCCAACUACGACCCGUCGUACGUGGAGGAGCUGAAGAAGUUGAGCCGCGGCGUGGUGCGACGCGGGAACUACGUCACCACGCUCAACAUCAGGCUGGACGACUUGUUGAAAGCUCACGAAAGAGGCAAAUGGUGGGUGGUGGGAUCAGCGUGGGAGGGCAACCGGGUGGUGGAGGACAAGCCGACGGUGAAGGCGCCUUCGACCAGCGACCAGCGGCUGCUGGAGCUGGCGCGCCGGCAGCGGAUGAACACUGACGUGCGCAGGAGCAUCUUCUGCGUCAUCAUGGCUGCUGAGGAUUACAUGGACGCGUUCGAGAAGCUGCAGCAUCUGGGGCUCCGGGGGCAGCAGGAGCGGGAGGUGGUGCACGUGCUGCUGGCGUGCUGUCUGCAGGAGAAGAGCUACAACCCGUACUACGCCGUGCUGGGGCAGAAGCUGUGCGACCACGACAGGAAGUACCAGUUGUCAAUACAAUACACCGUGUGGGACAAAAUAAAAGAGUUGGAAUCUCUCUCCAAGCAGAGUAUGGCGAACUUGGCGCAGUUCCUCAUACAUCUCAUCAUGGAGAAGGGGUUGCCGCUGUCAGUUCUAAAGAUAAUCCAAUUCUCCGAUCUAAACAAAACGACAGUAAGGUUCAUGCGUCAAAUUCUCCUUGCUAUAAUAAUGAAUGCCGACCUCCAGGCGUCCCUACAAGUGUUUCACAGGAUAUCUAAACCGCCAAAACUUCACAUGUUCAGAGAGAGCCUCCGGUUGUUCAUACAACACUUUUUGAUCAAAAACGCGGGGAAAAAAGCUACCGUUUUGAGUGAAGACGAGAUGGCAACACUGAAGGAAAGAGCGGUGGAAGUGGAUAGGAUAUUGACUUUGUAUGAAAAUAAGUUGAGACUGUAAAUAAAACAAUAUUUUAAUAUA